UUCUUCUCCAAAUGGUGCCAAAUGGUCCAUCCUUGCAGACUGCGCCUCUUACUACAAGCAUCCUGUUGUUCAGUCAGCCUUAGCAACAAGGAGAGCAUCCUUCUCCCAUUGGCUUCUCAUCAGCUGUCUGCCAUUAGCCCUCCCCACCUCCUCUCUGCAACGACUUUGGGAGGGGAGGGGGAGAGAGAUCUCCAAAACACAGCAGGGCUGGGUAGGGUUUGGCCCUUAGAACGCAGUGGAUGCUGAGGGGAGGGGGGGCGAGCAAAACACGGACCUUCCUUAUCGCUAUGGCUGUCUUAUUUGAAUGCAACUGGUACAAUUGGACGGAUGCACGCUUGGUUUCCUCUUCAGGUCCGUGUGUGUAGCAGCCAACGAUGGCGGUCUAAUGAGGGAGAAUAGCACUCAGUGUUCUGCAUCUGCAGCAUCUCUGGCGCAGACGGAUCAGCCUCGGUGACAUUUCACAGGUUUCGCUCCAAAUCAGCAGCAAUUCUGCAGAAAAAGCACCAUGCUGACCAGCAUUACUGACGGGAUACUGUGCUGCCUUACGGGGAAAACCACCAAUCUGGUCUUGCCUCUGGAGUCCUCAGAGCCUUCAGACGGUUUCGAGUUUGUGGAGGUAAAGCCAGGGAGGGUCCUACGAGUGCGACACAUCAAACCAGUGCACCAGUGCUUAGAAACAAAGAAACAAGAUGCAGAGAAAAACACAAAGAAUGUUGACUGUGAUGCAAAAGGUGAUGCUCCGCCCGAGGACUCCAGGGAUAACGAUGAUGAUGAUGCUGGCACCAGUGUCCACUGUAAGAGGAAGAUCACAGUUUAUCGCAACGGCCAGUUGGUGAUUGAGAACCUCGGUGAUGUGUUGCACUCUGAGAUUCUGCAGUGCCAGGAUGGCGAUCUGGAGCCCUGCAGCACCGUGGAGGUGGAACUGGCUGAUUACAAAGAGACGCCCUCAUCCCCAGAUCCAAACCCGGUUCCCACGGUCCCACUGCCCUCCGGGGACCAGAAACCCGCUCCACCACCCCGCCGCCGCCGCCGCAAACCAAAACGCACUGUGCUCAUCGACUCCACGAGGGUGAUCUCGAGUUGCAAAGGGACACAUUCGGACGUGGCGCUUUUCUUUGUGCACGGCGUGGGAGGCUCUCUGGACAUCUGGAGCAGCCAGCUGAACUUCUUCUCACGUUUGGGUUAUGAGGUCAUCGCGCCAGACCUGGCAGGGCACGGGGCCAGCACCGCUCCGCAGAUCGCGGCAGCGUACACCUUCUACGCUUUGGCAGAGGACCUCCGGGCCAUCUUUAAGAGAUAUGCUCGGAAACGCAACAUUCUCAUCGGCCACUCGUAUGGGGUAUCAUUUUGUACAUUCCUGGCACAUGAAUACCCUGAUCUGGUCCAUAAGGUGGUGAUGAUCAAUGGAGGGGGGCCUACAGCUCUAGAGCCAAGUCUCUGUUCUAUCUUCCAGCUCCCAUCAUGUGUCCUUCACUGCCUAUCCCCUUGUCUGGCCUGGAGCUUUUUAAAACAGAUCCUCCUCUUUGCAUUCCUGAAGGUCAUAGAGGAGGGAAGUCACAUGGUCAUGAUGGAGUGCCCCGAUACCGUCAACACCCUCCUCCACGAGUUCUUUCUCUGGGAGCCUGACAUGUCCAAAAAGGGAGAGGCUGACAACACAGUUUCUGUCUGCGACUCUAUUAACACGCUGAAAAUCAAAAAGCCUGUAGACAAAUAACGCUGCAGGACUGCUUUUAUCACAUUGCGAGCGGAAGGUCUUUUUUUCCUGCAUUGUUGAGGCUUCUGGGGCUUGGGAGCCAUUCCAAGCAGGGCUGCAUCUGAAAGGAUGCGGGCGACUGCUGGCGCUCCGAGAUAAAGCAGCGAAGAACACUGGAGGAGAGGGAAGGACGCAGACACAGUUUCUUUUUCCACCUUUGCACCACUUUGUGCUCCGUUUUGCGAAACGAACUGCUAUUCUGUGUAUGAAAUGUUUGUGCAGAAAAGUGGACAGAAACGUAAAGACAAAACCUCUUCACGAUGACGACUGGAGUUUUCGUCUGUGUAUUCGCUUUGAGAAGGACUAGCUAAUGAAUUCCUUUGAGCACAGCUGUAAAAGGGAAACUGGGUUCAACAGAGCUGUUAGUAGGACGGUUUAAAGCAAGAUGAAAGAGCUGUUGGAAACUCAGCAAGGAUAAUAAUGGAAAAAAUAUAUAUAAUUUUAAUGAUGUGCUAAAGAAAAAUUACAAAAAGUUUCACAAAAAUGAACCAUAAACAACAAAUAUGCUGCAUUCACCACCUCAGACAUGACUAAAACUGGUGUAGGUACCAAAUCUGCCCCGUCUUAUGACUUCAACAUACGGCAACUCCACUCGGACAAACUGUAUUGAACCCGUUUCUUAAUUGAUCGAAUCUCUCUUGGAGUU